AUGGCACAGCCUGGAAACCGCAAGUACGACAACCUUAGCGUCACGGCGCUGCGCAAACUCCAGGCGGAGGAUGCGGCGCUCCUCGCGCCGGAAGAACCGGAGAGCGAGGGAGAGAGCCAGGCAGCUUUUGACGCCGACGAGGGGCCUUACUACAUGGAGCCGGGGGUCAAAGACUGGGACGAGCAGCGGCGCGCGUACAUCGCGGCGCACCCGGGGUGCAACGCGACGCGCAACGGCAAGCCCAAGGUGAUGCUGGUGUCGGGCUCCAACAGCAAGCGGUGCGGCGAGGGCCCCAACAGCGGCGACUUCUUACUCCUCAAGAACAAGCAGGACUACGUGCGCGUGAACGACAUGCCGUUCUAUUACAGCAUGGGCGCUUUUGAUCCAAGGCUGAAGACGUUCUGGGUGAAGCUGCCCAUGCUGCGCAUGCUCAUGCUGCAACACCUGGAUGUGGAGUGGUUCCUCUGGGUUGACUCCGAUGCCAUGAUUACCGGUGAGUGA